CGUUUAUAAUUAAAAUUAUUUUAUUGGACACUACAACCUUGUUUAGGCUCUGAACCCCUUUUUUAUUACUUGAUUUCGUCAUAGGAGCCAUUGUUAUUUAUGAAAAUUUAAUUUUGUCGCCUUUUUGCCCGUAGCAAAAAUGAGGAUUGUAUACAAUUCACAUAUAUCUGAAACACGGAUUGAUAUUGUUAAUGGGAGGCGAAAUAAUGUGAUAAGAAGCGUGGAAAUAUUUAUGUUAAAAGAAUUGGCAAAUGCGUAGCCGUAAUCAUAAAGUAAUAAUUCAAUCGGUUGAAGGGAUUUUAAUCGAUUAAAAAUUAUCAUACGACGGAUCGAUAUCACGCACUUCGUGCGACUUCAGAUGAACAAUUUAAAAAUGUAUAUAUUCGUGGGGGACAAGAAUGACUACGUUGGUUCGACCAUCAAAAGAUUUAAAAUUUAAACCCGGGGCCGGGCCCGAAGGUAUCUGAACAUAUGUCGGGAUUCCGGAGUCGUGGUGGACGCGAAUGAAUUAUGCAUCCUACCUCUAAAUUUGCUUUUCUCUGUUUUAAACUAACGAUUUUCCGCGCGCGGGAGCUGCAGGCGGCUUUAAACUAUUUAGUAAUUUCGCUACUUCGAAAAGAAGUCGCGGGAAUAACAAUCGCUUCCUUUUUUCCCCCCUCUUUAAACUUUACGUACACUUUUCAAUAAUGUAAAAGUUAAUGUAAACAUAAAGCGAAGUGAUGUAACGUAACAUGAUUCAAAAUUUAAUACUGAAAUUAAUAGAUGGAUGUUGGAGCAUACGAUAAAAACAGGGUCGGAAAUAAUACAGUGAAUUUCCACAAUGUAUAAACGCGAUAAUAAUACACGUAUCAAAUUCUAUGUAUUAAUACUGAGAAUUUAUAUAUAUUAUAAUAUAAAGUACACCAUCACGUGCAACUUGCAAAACGUGGAAAUCGUGUUAUUUUUCAAAAUACUAAAAUGCCAUAUUUUUAUAUCGAGCACAUUUUAUCAUUUCGACGGUAUUAUUACUGCGUUAAAAAAAAAUGCGAUAUUUCUUUUUCACUGCAUGAAAGUCACUGGCAAUACGGAAUUUUACUUCAGGACAGUGAACGUCUACGAGGAUCCUCAAACGCCGGCGAGAUCGGUGAACAAUAUUUCUUGGUCGCCAGACUCUGGCAGUAAAAUGGUGGUCUCGUACUGCUUCUUUGGAAUCGAGCCAGAUUACAGCAACAUUGCGUACAUCUGGCAGAUUGGGACUGCACAACGGUAGUCAAGUGGAUCGCCACGAAGAGUAAUACGGAGUUCUUCUCGGGUUCCUCGGAUGGCCGUGCCAU